AUGGCGUCUACGGGACCCGACGACACGUGGACCAAAGACGCCAGUUCAAACAUCUGGAGAGUGUGUACAGGUGAAGUGGAUACAGUAUCUACAAAUAUAGAAUCCGGGCUGCUUAUCCGAGGUGAAUCAGCUGUAGCAGUAGAUAACCUUGAGACUGAACACAACAGUGCUGCAGCCACAAUGGACUCCUCAACCAUUCCUUUCACAUCUGGUUCAUGUACUAUAUCUACAACUUCAACUGUCUCUAGUAACUCAUCUAAUCUUCAUUUGGAACCUCCAAUUACUUUUAGAAUGUUAAUGACAAGCAAGGACAUUUCUGCUAGUAAGUUUAGUGGUGAUGUGAGUGGCAGUAUACCAGUUACCUUAAAAUUAAUUAUCCAAACAUCUCAGUGUGGCUCCCUAAUUGGUAAGGGAGGGUCUAAGAUUAAGGAGAUUAGAGAGACUACAGGAGCAUCAAUUCAAGUAGCAGGUGAAACAUUACCUAAUUCUACUGAGAGAGCAGUCACUGUGUCAGGUACUCCAGAAGCUAUCACACUCUGUGUUCGAGAGAUUUGUGAUAUUAUGUUAGAAAGUCCACCUAAAGGCCCCUUUGUCCCCUACAAACCUCAUGCACUCCAACCUAAUCAAGCUUACCAACCCAGAUUAAUUGGAUGUGUUAUUGGUCGUAAAGGUUCAAAAAUCCAUGAAAUCAGAGUUAGUUCGGGUGCUAUGAUUAAAAUUGCUGGUAAUGAGGGUGAUGGUACUGAUAGAUUGGUGACUAUUACAGGGACACCUGAGUCUGUAGGAAUGGCACAGUAUCUCAUCACAUUCAAGUUAUGCAGUACAAAUAAAUAA